CUUUACUUGACUUCACUCAAAUUCGCCUGUCAAAGCAUUCACUCAAGCUUUUACUCACAUCCGUAUGAUAAAAAAACGAGAAUUGAGUGUUUACUUUUCGAACAUCACAAUUCGUAUGAAUAAAACCGUAACAGUCAAGUAAACACUCCGAAAACUUUGAGUGUGCCUCUAAGCAGACUCAGACCGCACUUCGCAAGGGAUCGUUUGGAGAAUUACGUAAAAUUUAAGUUUAUAAGGCAUACAUCAAUAUGUACUCUGGGGAUUUUUUUAAUCUACCAUUUCAACCAGUUGUCGAUGUUGAUGGUAUUUAUACGAGAAAUCGCGCAACAAAAAUAUACAAAGGGAGACGCAUAGGUGACGAUGACAAUUUCAAGCAACUAUACAGAUUCUCCCGCGAAAACGUUGAUCAUUUAGCACAAAUUUUUUUAGGAAACGACAAUGAAACUAGAGGUGGAGCUCUCGGGGACAUCCAGCGAAUGAAAUGUUUCUUGCGUUACUUGGGAGACCCCGGAUUUCAGGUUGGAGUUGGAGAGGAUCUGGGUAUCCACCAAACAACGGUAUGCAAAACUAUAUGGGCUGUGUGCAAGGCAAUUGUUAUCAAAGCCAACGAUUGGAUUCGUUUUCCACAGACGACACAAGAACUGGAACAUGAAAAGAAAGUCUGGUUGUCCAAACAUCGAAUGCCCGGUGCAAUCGGGGCUAUAGAUUGUACCCAUAUCCUGAUAAAAAGACUCAAUAUCUACAAGGAUGAGUUCAUUAAUAGAAAGGGGCUCCAUUCUUUCAACGUACAAGCGACUUGCAAUGCCAAAGAGAUUUUUACAAGCAUUGACUGUAAAUGGGCUGGUUCCGUUCAUGACGCUCGUAUAUGGCGGAACUCCGAAAUAUUGAAAAUUAUACAGCAAAACGGAUCCGGUGCUCUACUGUUGGCUGAUGAAGCAUACCCUUUAGCACCGUGGACGAUGACCCCGUAUCGAAACCCAGUAACUGCUGGCCAAAAACAGUACAAUAAGAUACAUACUCAAGAAAGAGUUAUUAUUGAAAGAUGUUUUGGUCAAAUAAAACAAAGAUUCCCUAUUCUGCAAUCUAAGGUACGCGUGAGCACUGAGCGUAUUCCAAGAAUGAUUGCAGCUUGCUUCGUUUUGCAUAAUGUUGCAAAAUAUGUUAAUGAUACUGACUUCGAACCAUAUUCAGAUUCGACCAAUUGCGAAAUAAAUCAAAGUUUGUUCGAAAUUUCUGACACGGCUGCAAACACAGUACUGCAACGUGGGAAACAACGUCGUGAUGCUAUAGCUUCGUUUCUAUUAGCCAGAAAUUAGAGCGUAAGAAACAAAAACCGGUAAUAACUGUGGAAUGUAACUCGAUUACAAUUGGAAACCAUGUAAAAUCAUUGAAACUUUAAAUUUCUAUCGAUGUUUCAUCAGAAG